AGGGAAAAGUUGUAGAUCUGCUAGUUCAGAAUUCACAGAGCUGUUGUCGACCGUGUCGAAUGAAAUUUCAGAUUGGCAGCGUGGUUCAGCGUCGAGCUUGCUGUGCCAGCAGUUUCGACGUGAAGGAUGAAGGCGGCCAAUUGGUUCUCACAAUUGAUGGACCCUUCAUAGCAUGUGGACGUAACGUCGAAUUUCCGGUAACAACGCCGUCUGGCACUCCAUCAGGCAACAUCACGAAGAAAUGGCGCGGUUUUCUUCGUGAAGAUGUACACAAACGCGGAUACGUUCAGCGUGUCA